GACCGAGCCGAGCCGAGGGCCGCGCCCAUCCCGCGUCGCCCGGCACAGCCCCGCGCCAAGGAGCCCCGCACACAAUAGCGGCGCGCGCAACCCCGCGCCCUUCCCCCGCCCGCGCGCGCCCCGCCCCCACGUGCGCGUCCCGCCCCGUGCUACCCGCCGCCCGGGGCGGUCGAGCCUCCCGCCUCACCUGCCGCCCGGGAGGGGGCGGGCAUUGUUCGUCGCUACCGCCGAGCCUGGCCAUGGGGGCCGCCCGGCGCUCGCGGCCGGGCCUGGCGAGGCCGUCGCGUCGCUGCUGAGGGGACCCUGCGCGCUGCCCGGCGGUGCAGGUGAGGCCGGCAGCGCCAUGGUGGAUCCAGUGGGCUUCGCGGAGGCUUGGAAGGCGCAGUUCCCGGACUCUGAGCCGCCGCGUAUGGAGCUGCGCUCCGUAGGUGACAUCGAGCAAGAGCUGGAGCGCUGCAAGGCCUCUAUCCGGCGCCUGGAGCAGGAGGUGAACCAAGAGCGCUUCCGCAUGAUAUACCUGCAGACGCUGCUGGCCAAGGAGAAGAAGAGCUAUGACCGGCAGCGCUGGGGCUUUCGGCGCGCCGCACAGCCCCCUGACGGCGCCGCGGAACCCCGAGCGCCGGCGUUGCGCCAGGCGCCAGCGCCCCCGGACGGCGCGGAUCCGCCGCCCGCCGAGGAAUCCGAGGCCCGGCCCGACGGAGAAGGGUCCCCAGGUAAGGCCCGGCCGGCGGCCGUCCGCAAACCUGGCGCCGCUGCUUCUGCCGACCGGGAUGAGCGGGGACCCCCCACCAGUGUGGCGGCGCUUAGAUCCAACUUCGAGAGGAUUCGCAAGGGCCAUGGCCAGCCCGGGGCGGCGGACACUGAGAAGCCCUUCUACGUGAAUGUCGAAUUUCACCACGAGCGCGGCCUGGUGAAGGUCAACGACAAAGAAGUGUCUGACCGGAUCAGUUCCCUGGGCAGCCAGGCCAUGCAAAUGGAGCGCAAGAAGUCUCAACAAGGUGCGGGACCGGGUCUGGUGGACGCACCCAGGCCCCAUUACCGCGGGCGCUCCUCAGAGAGCAGCUGUGGCCUCGACGGCGACUACGAGGAUGCAGAGUUGAACCCUCGAUUCCUGAAGGACAACCUAAUCAACACCAAUGGCGGCAGCAGACCCCCUUGGCCGCCCUUGGAGUAUCAACCCUACCAGAGCAUCUACAUCGGAGGCAUGAUGGUGGAAGGGGAGGGCAAGGGCCCGCUUCUGCGCAGCCAGAGCACCUCAGAGCAGGAGAAGCGCCUCACCUGGCCCCGCAGGUCCUACUCCCCCCGGAGUUUUGAGGAUAGCGGAGGUGGCUACACCCCGGAUUGCAGCUCCAACGAAAAUCUUACCUCCAGCGAAGAAGACUUCUCCUCCGGCCAGUCAAGCCGGGUGUCUCCAAGCCCCACCACCUACCGCAUGUUCCGAGACAAGAGCCGCUCACCCUCGCAGAACUCGCAGCAGUCCUUUGACAGCAGCAGCCCCCCGACACCGCAGUGCCAGAAGCGGCACCGGCAGUGCCAGGUAGUGGUGUCUGAGGCGACCAUUGUGGGUGUCCGCAAGACUGGGCAGAUUUGGCCCAGCGAUGGGGACAACACCUUCCAUGGAGAUACAGAUGCCUCAUUUGGAACACCACCUGGGUAUAGCUGUGCCGCAGACCGGGCUGAGGAGCAACGCAGGCACCAGGAUGGGCUGCCCUACAUUGAUGACUCACCCUCCUCCUCUCCCCACCUCAGCAGCAAGGGCAGGGGCAGCCGGGACACUCUGGCCUCAGGAGCCCUGGAGCCCACUAAAGCGAGUGAACUGGACUUGGAAAAGGGUCUGGAGAUGAGAAAAUGGGUCCUGUCUGGAAUCCUGGCUAGUGAGGAGACUUACCUGAGCCACCUGGAGGCACUUCUGCUGCCCAUGAAGCCUUUGAAAGCCGCUGCCACCACCUCUCAGCCUGUGCUGACCAGCCAGCAGAUUGAGACCAUCUUCUUCAAAGUGCCUGAGCUUUAUGAAAUCCACAAGGAGUUCUAUGAUGGGCUCUUCCCCCGAGUGCAACAGUGGAGCCACCAGCAGCGGGUGGGCGACCUCUUCCAGAAACUGGCCAGCCAGCUGGGUGUGUAUCGGGCCUUUGUGGACAACUAUGGGGUUGCCAUGGAAACAGCAGAGAAGUGCUGUCAGGCCAACGCUCAGUUUGCAGAAAUCUCUGAGAACCUGAAAGCCAGAAGCAACAGGGAUGCCAAGGACCCAGCCACCAAGAAUUCUUUGGAAACCCUGCUCUACAAGCCUGUGGACCGGGUGACAAGAAGCACGCUGGUCCUUCAUGAUUUGCUGAAGCACACUCCUUCCAGCCACCCCGACCAUUCCCUGCUACAGGACGCCCUCCGCAUCUCACAGAACUUCCUGUCUAGCAUCAAUGAGGAGAUUACACCCCGCCGACAGUCCAUGACAGUGAAGAAGGGAGAGCACCGGCAGCUGCUGAAGGACAGCUUCAUGGUGGAGCUGGUGGAGGGGGCCCGCAAGCUACGCCACGUCUUCCUGUUCACCGACCUGCUCCUCUGCACCAAGCUCAAGAAGCAGAGUGGAGGCAAAACCCAGCAGUAUGACUGCAAAUGGUACAUUCCGCUCACGGAUCUCAGCUUCCAGAUGGUGGACGAAUCAGAAGCAGCACCCAACAUCCCACUGGUGCCAGAUGAGGAGCUGGAUGCAUUGAAGAUUAAGAUCUCCCAGAUCAAGAGUGACAUCCAGAGAGAGAAGAGGGCAAACAAAGGCAGCAAGGCCAUGGAGAGGCUGAAGAAGAAGCUGUCAGAGCAGGAGUCGCUGCUGCUGCUCAUGUCUCCCAGCAUGGCCUUCAGGGUACACAGCCGUAAUGGCAAGAGUUACACAUUCCUGAUUUCCUCUGACUAUGAGCGAGCCGAGUGGAGGGAGAACAUCCGGGAACAGCAGAAAAAGUGUUUCAAAAGCUUCUCUUUGACAUCCGUGGAGCUGCAGAUGCUGACCAACUCCUGUGUUAAACUUCAGACAGUCCACAACAUUCCACUAACCAUCAACAAAGAAGAUGAUGAAUCUCCUGGGCUCUACGGGUUCCUGAAUGUCAUUGUCCACUCAGCUACUGGGUUUAAGCAGAGUUCAAAUCUGUACUGCACCUUGGAGGUAGAUUCCUUUGGGUAUUUUGUAAAUAAAGCAAAGACGCGUGUCUACAGGGACACAACUGAGCCAAACUGGAAUGAGGAGUUUGAGAUAGAGCUGGAAGGCUCCCAGACCCUGCGGAUACUGUGCUACGAAAAGUGUUACAACAAAACAAAGAUCCCCAAAGAAGACGGCGAGAGCACAGACAGGCUCAUGGGGAAAGGCCAGGUCCAGCUGGACCCUCAAGCCCUACAAGACAGAGACUGGCAGCGGACAGUCAUUGCCAUGAAUGGGAUUGAAGUGAAACUUUCCAUCAAGUUCACAAGCAGGGAAUUCAGCUUGAAGAGAAUGCCUUCCCGCAAACAGACGGGGGUCUUUGGAGUCAAGAUCGCUGUGGUCACCAAGAGAGAGAGGUCCAAGGUGCCCUACAUCGUGCGCCAGUGUGUGGAGGAGAUUGAACGCCGGGGCAUGGAGGAGGUGGGCAUCUACCGUGUGUCUGGAGUGGCCACAGACAUCCAGGCGCUGAAGGCAGCCUUUGACGUCAAUAACAAAGAUGUAUCAGUGAUGAUGAGUGAAAUGGAUGUGAAUGCCAUCGCAGGCACGCUGAAGCUUUAUUUCCGUGAGCUGCCUGAGCCCCUCUUCACUGAUGAAUUCUACCCCAACUUUGCUGAGGGCAUUGCUCUUUCAGAUCCUGUUGCAAAGGAGAGCUGCAUGCUCAAUUUGCUGCUGUCCCUCCCAGAAGCCAACCUGCUGACCUUCCUCUUCCUUCUAGACCACCUGAAAAGAGUGGCUGAAAAGGAGACCGUGAACAAGAUGUCCCUACACAACCUCGCCACAGUGUUUGGUCCCACGCUGCUUCGGCCCUCAGAGAAAGAGAGCAAGCUUCCUGCCAACCCCAGCCAGCCCAUUACCAUGACUGAUAGCUGGUCCCUGGAGGUCAUGUCCCAGGUCCAGGUGCUGCUGUACUUCCUGCAGCUGGAGGCCAUACCUGCCCCAGACAGUAAGAGACAGAGCAUCCUAUUUUCCACCGAAGUCUAAAGGCCCAACAUCAUCUCAGGAGGCCAGUGAAACAGCCUGGGAACCUGUGGUGAAACGGGCCAUCUGAAGAGUGGAAUCCGUACCUUCAUGAGGUGUAACUGGACCAUUCCGAAGAGCCAGACCAUCUGCCAAGAGACAGUACCCAAAGUAGAAGGCCAGGUGGCCAGCACAGAUUCUGUUGGUCUGCAAGCCCCAGUCUGGCCUUGGACUAUGGUUUUCCAUGUUGCCACCAGAGGGCGCCCAAAGCCAGCACAUCUUGGCAUGCAGGCCUGGCCCCGGGGAGAAGGCGGAGUGGUUUUUAUGAACUUAAUUUAUCAGAGUUUAAAAGAUUUCUACUGGAUCACUUGUCAAGAUGCACCCUCUCCAGGGAGAAGGGAACACCACCAGAUUCCUUCAUUAUUGUGUCUUGAAUAAACACUGCUGCUGCUUCAUACUGUGGGGGCCAUAGCCCUGUCCCUGCAUGGGUAGGGGCAUUUUGAUAUCCCCAACUUAGACUCCAUUUGUAACAGGGCUUGAGAAGCUAAGUCAACACUAUGUAGCGUCUUGCCUCCAUUCAAUCCUACUUCUUUUUAUUUCUAGAAGGAUUUCUCUGCGGAAAUGGGUCAGCUUUCUGUUCUUUCCUGUUGCUUUGUUUUUGCUAUUUGUGCACUCCUUAGAAAGGCAGCUCCUGGGACUGGGGAGAUAGCUCAGUUGGUAAAGUGCUUGCCUUGCAAGCACAAGGCCCUGGGUUCGAUCCCCAGCACCCAAAAAAAAAAAAAAAAAAAAGAAAGGCAGCUCCACCUGCAGUCAUGAAAUGUGCAGGGACCAGAAACCAGGGGGAGGGAGGUCUAGCCCACGCAGCUUGUGGUUCAUUCUUCAGGGAGAGUGACCGUGCCUACUUAUCCUGACUGCCCACCUGGCUCUUGCUCUCCUUUUCAGCUUAAAAAGACCCUGAUUUCUCUGGCUUCACUGUCCGCACUCUCAACCCCCACGAUGGCUUCAUUUCUUGGUUCAACUGAACAGACUCAGUUAACUAACUUUUAUAAAAAUUUCUUCUCAGCAGCAGCAGCUUGCUGAUAACUUGUUUUAAAACUUUGAUCCAAAAUAGCUUUUUGAUACUUGAAUAUUUUUAAGUUUUAUACAUAGUUUCUAAUUUUUUUCCUAUCAGAUUCAGAUACCUAAUAAGAUAUUAGAAUGUACUCUGUGGACAAUCUGUCCUGGCAGCAUUUUGUCUUUCUCUAACCUCUAGUUCCAUUUUCUUACUUCUGACAUCUCAAGAGUAUCAGAAAUGUGGUGGGUUAGGAAUAGGCCAGGCACAGGAUGGGAGUUCCCAUCCCAAAGUAGGUGAGAGGAAAGGCAUGCCUGCCGCACUCCCUCCCCCAUGUUCCCUGCACCUGUGCAGAAGGAGGCUGAGCAUCUCUCUCUCUCCCUGACCAUCAGGCUUAAAGAAAAGAGAAUUGGGGAAGCCACCAAGUUUUUUGGAAAAAAAAAAAUGAACAGUUUAUAUCACUCUUUUAAAAA